CGCGGCAGUGGGGCUGGCUUUCCUCCGCUCUGCCUGCAUUCAUAAACGGAUAUGAUGAUAAAGCAGCGCUGAAAGCACCGGAGCAGCGACAACAGUCAGCUCUGACCAUGGCGGAAGAGGACGACAAGAGGGUUCGGGUUUUACAGAGCCUGCGGGGUAAAAUAUGUGAAGCUAAGAACCUAGGUCCAGUUUCGGGUCCAAAUCGACAAAGGGAUCUCUGCACCUUUUGCACCAUAAGUCUGGAUCAGGAGGAGGUGUUCCGCACCAAGGUGAUUGACAAAAGCGUCAGCCCUUUCUACGGAGAGGACUUUUACUUUGAGAUCCCACGUCCAUUCCAGUGUUUAUCCUUCUAUGUUUAUGCCAAGAGCGUUUUCCAAAGGGACCUACCUGUUGGCAAGGUGUCAAUCAGGAAGGAUGACCUGUGUAAAAACAGUGGGAAGGAGCACUGGUUUGGCCUUCAUCCAGUAGAUCCUAACUCAGAAGUGCAGGGUAAGGUUCACUUGGAGAUGCGGUUGAAUGAAGUGAUCACAGAGAACGGCUCAGUAGGUCAACACCUACUAGUCCGGAUAAUCGAGUGCCAGGGACUGCCUCUGAUCAGUGGGCAGAACUGUGACCCCUAUGCCACCGUGUCACUCGUUGGACCUGCCAGGUCUGACCAAAAGAAAACAAAGGUAAAGAAGAAAACCAGCAACCCUCAUUUUGAAGAGACCUUCUUCUUCGAGGUCACACGGUCAAGCAGCUACUCUAAAAAGUCUCAUUUCCAAGUGGAGGAGGAGGACAUAGAAAAACUUGAGAUCAAAGUUGAUUUGUGGAACAAUGAGAAUCUGGCUCAGGAUGUGUUUCUGGGGGAGACGCGGGUCCCUGUCAAGAUCCUGCGAAACGACAGCAUCCACAAAGCCUGGUAUCUCCUCCAGCCCAAAGGGAACGGCAGCAAGUCCAAGUCUGAUGAUUUGGGAUCCUUGCGUCUAAAGCUGACCUACAUAGAAGACACGGUGCUGCCAUCUACCUACUACACACCACUCUGCAACCUGCUGCUCAAAUCCCCAGAAGUGAAGCCCAUCUCGGCGUCAGCAGCACACAUCUUGGGGGAAAUCUGCAGAGAGCGAUACGAGGCUGUUCUGCCCACGGUUCGACUGCUGCUCCACCACAAUCGCUUUGUGCCUUUUGUCUCUGCUGUGGCAGCACUAGAGCUGGACAACACUCAGGAGGCUAACACUAUAUUCCGUGGCAACUCACUGGCAACUCGCUGCAUCGAUGACAUGAUGAAGAUUGUGGGAAAGAAUUACCUGGCUGUUACCCUGAAGCCUGUAAUAGAUGAGAUUUGUGAAUCCAACAAAACAUGUGAGAUAGACCCUGUUAAACUAAAGGAAGGCGACAACGUGGAGGUCAACAAGGAGAACCUUCAGGGUUAUGUCCAGAAAGUCUUUUCCUCCAUCACUCAGUCAAGUUCCAGCUGUCCCCCACUUAUGUGUGAUGUCUUCAGGUCACUGAGACAGUUGGCCUGCAAACGCUUCUCAGCUGACCCGCAUGUUCAGUACUCAGCCGUUAGCAGCUUUGUUUUCCUGCGGUUCUUUGCUGUUGCUGUUCUUUCUCCACACUCCUUCCAGCUCCGUUCACACCACCCUGAUCCUGAGAUUUCCCGAACACUUACACUCAUCUCAAAAACAAUCCAGACGCUGGGCAGCUGGGGUAGUUUGUCAAAAAAACUGUCUAGUUUCAAAGAAACCUACAUGUACGACUUCUUCAAAUCAUUCCAAGAGGACAAGUGUAUCGAAAAAGUUAAAAAGUUUCUUGACGAGAUCUCCUCCAACAUCAGCAAGGAGUCCAGUGGGCUGGAGGACGCAGUGGUUCUCAAGGAGGGGGAAGUACAGAAACGUGCCCAGGGGAGAAAACGCCUCGGCAAGAAAAACUUUAAAAAGAGAUGGCUCAGAGUGACCAACAGAGAGCUCUCCUACCACAAACAUAAAGGGAAAGAGGCCCUCUGCAUCAUCAAUGUCAAAAAUAUCCAGGCGGUGGAGAAACUGGAUGAAAGUGCCUUUAACCGCAAAAACAUGUUUCAGGUGGUCCACUCUGAGAAGCCUCUGUACGUACAAGCAGGAAACUGUGUGGAGGCCAGUGAGUGGUUGGAGGUCCUGGGCCCCGUCUGCCGCUGCAACGAGGGGCGCCUAACCACCUUCCACCCGUCCAAUUACACCAGUGGAUCCUGGCAGUGCUGCAAAAGCAUCAGUACCAACGCGCCGGGCUGUAAGCCCUGCACAACCACCGUGCUGGCCAACCUGCAGCUGGACAUAGACUGUGACCGGGAGACGGAGAGAAUUUUCUCCCUCCUCUCCUCCAACGACACCAAGCUCCAGAACAUGGAGGACGCAUGUGCCAGUAUGGCGGUUUACCAGGGCCCUCAGCGGGAGCAGGAGGAGUACUCCAAGUUCACCAUUCAGGAACCCAAAGAGACCUUUCAGACACUCAAGCAGCUCCGAAACAUCAUGGAGGAACUUCAGAGGCAGCACAACAUCAGGAACGACACCACGGCGCAGUAUGGGAGCCUGGACAACCCCAUUGUAGGGAAAACCUCUUAACCCGGGCGUGGAGGUGUGGACUGAAACAGCCAUGCCAGCAGGUGUAAGUUCACCACACAAACAGUCCUAAAGGAGCCCAUGGAGUUGUCGCAGCGAGACCGCCCGCUGUGUGUCCGGAAGAAGAGUGAACGAUACCUCCAGACAUUAUGAGUCCACUACAGGAGUGACCACCUGAGAGGGGGGAACCGGAUCGAGCUUCUCGAACGAACCCUUAGAUGUUAUCUUUGGCAUCUCCUCCUCUGCUCUGGUCCCGUAUAAAGAGACAAUUCUCCUCGUCUUAAUUUAUGUCCUCUUCGACGUCUACAGCUGUGUGAAAAAAAGGCAUCAUUAGAUGGUGUGUGAAUAGGCUGCUAAUUUUUUUAUUCACCCAAUUUUUUUUUAUAUCAACAGCUGUGAUGAUGCUCUCCCAAAUCUUUUAAGGUUUUUGCUCUGACAUCUGUCUUUAGAGUUGAUUUAAUAAUAAUCAUCUUUCUAUUUGUGCCCCUUUUAAUCUUUCUCUACUCUCUUAGUGUCCUUCUUCUUCUUCUGAACAAAUUGUGUAUAUAUAUUUUCAGAGGACAGUUAAGUAGAGGAAACCAAUCUGCCUUACUCUGAUGGAUGUUUCUUUCACAUUAAAUGCUGAGAGAAAAAAUGCAGAAGCACUUUAAAUAUUUGGAGCACUCCAAAUGGAAAUGAUUAGAUACUUGGUAUCCGCUUUCCCCAUUUUGAUCAGUUACAUGAUCUUGAGUACAUUUUUUGUUUCAUUCCUGUACAAUUACAUUUAUAGCCUGUAGAUUUUAAGAUAUUUUUCUCGACCAAAGACAAUUUCAUAGGUUUGACUUGAAAAGAAAAAAAUAAUUAAUGUAUUUUGAAUACAAAUGUUUUAAAAAUGGAGACAAAUUAUAUAUAUAUAUAUAUA